AUGGCGCAUAUGAUCCCUCUGGAGGGAGAAACAAGCAAGAAACGUGUUUGUUACUUCUUCGACUCUGACAUCGGUGGCUUCCACUAUGGCCCUGGACACCCGAUGAAGCCAACACGAAUACGGAUGUGUCACUCAUUGGUGAUGAACUACGGACUCUACAAAAAGAUGGAGAUUUUCCGCGCCAAACCUGCAACCAAACGUGAGAUGACCCAAUUCCACUCGGACGAAUAUAUCGAGUUCCUCAACAAAAUAACGCCAACAAAUAUGAACUCGUAUAUCAAGGAGCAGCACAAAUAUAAUGUUGGUGACGAUUGCCCUGUUUUUGACGGGCUGUUUGAUUAUUGUUCCAUCUCUGCCGGUGGUUCCAUGGAGGGUGCUGCUCGUCUAAGUCGCGACAAAUGCGACAUAGCGAUCAACUGGGCCGGUGGCCUGCAUCACGCGAAGAAGAGCGAAGCAAGCGGCUUCUGCUAUGUAAACGACAUUGUUCUGGGUAUAUUGGAACUCUUGCGGUAUCAUCAACGCGUCCUCUAUAUCGACAUUGACGUCCAUCAUGGGGACGGCGUCGAGGAAGCCUUUUACACCACAGACCGGGUAAUGACAGUCAGCUUCCACAAGUAUGGCGAAUACUUCCCUGGAACGGGUGAGAUCAGAGACAUUGGAGUCCUCAAGGGCAAGAAUUACUCUUUGAAUUUUCCACUACGUGACGGCAUCUCUGAUGAAAACUACAAAUCCGUCUUCGAGCCGGUCAUUCAACAAGUGAUGGACUCAUAUGACCCAUCAGCCAUUGUAUUACAAUGCGGAACUGACUCGCUAUCUGGAGACAAACUGGGGUGUCUGAACCUUUCCAUGCGUGGUGAAUAUCUCUAUGUCUCGGUUAGCUGUGAAGACCAAUACCCCAUAGGACACGCCAACUGUGUUAAAUUUGUCAAGUCGUUCAAUCGUCCACUUUUACUGCUAGGCGGCGGUGGGUAUACCAUGCGCAAUGUCAGCCGGGCAUGGGCAUACGAGACGGGCCUUGCUGCUGGUGUGGAACUCGGUCCUGAAAUACCUGUGAACGAGUACUACGAGUACUUCGGCCCUGACUACGAACUAGACGUCAAGGCGUCAAACACGGAUGACCUGAAUACGCCUGCUUAUCUCAAUCGCGUCAAGCGGAUUGUCAUGGAAAAUCUGCGGAAUUGCGGUGGUCCUCCGAGUGUUCAAAUGCAAGGCAAGUCUUGCUCAGACAUUCCUUCCAUGCCGAUUGACAUGGCCCUCGACGAUCCUAACGCGGAUGAAGAUUUAAUACCGCCGGAUUCUCGACGUCAUCGACGCCUAUUGGACUCGAGACGACAAGGUGAUGGAGAGCUUUCUGACUCUGAUGACGAAGGCGAAGGCGGGCGGAAGAACCAUGCCGACCAUAAGACUGCUGAGAGCAUUGGGGAUAAUGUAGCAAGGAAGUUUGGCAUUAUGUCAGCGGCGACAACAGCUUCUGGUGCGGGUCCCAGUGCACAUACAACCACUGCUCGAGUUCUGUCGACUGGAACAAAGAUGGACGUGGAUGGAGCUGAAAAUGGUAGCGGGAAUGGUGACAGUGGCAGUGUGGAUAGUGUAGAAAAGACCGAAGGCCAGGAAAUGGUUGUAGAUAAUGUUUAA